AUGACGUCACAGCGCUUAUUUCUCCUUACCUCCUCCUCUUCACAUAUUCUCUCCGUGCUUUUCCAUCCCUUAUUAUCUUAUCGCCUUCCCGCUGAGCUCACUUGGCUUGAAGCGAUACGAAGAAGACGACGUCAUUUUUUGGCCUCUGUUGUCUUAAGAGGAAAAAAAAACAGUUUCAGUGGCAGCGAAAUCGGAACGGAAUCAAUUGUAAGUCAGUACCUAUUUUUCAUCUAUCUACGCCGUUUUCAUAUCUAUCUAUCUAUCUAUCUAUCUCAGUCCUUUUCAUAUAUAUCUCUCUCUAUAUAUAUAUAUAUAUAUCAGUCCUUUUCAUAUAUCUAUCUAUCUAUGUAUCUAUCUAUGUAUCGAUCUAUCUAUCUGUCUCAAUCUUUUUCAAAUCUCUCUACAUGGACUUCCGGUACCGCCUUUGUAAAUGAACCCGUCAUUUGUUUUCCUCCGAGGUUUGUGGCUCAUUUAAACACAAUAAAUGGCGACGAGGAUGAUAAAGAUGAAUUAAUUCCAGUUUCCAUCCUUAUCUACGAGCUAGAUAAAACAGGCCCGACAAGCAUAUCUGAUCAGUUCCCUCGUUUGUUUGAUGGUGCGAUGGGUUGCAUCAAGAAUGGCAAAGUAACUCUCCACAUUGACACAUCUGUAACCCAGUUGCUCAAAUUCAUCGCCGUGUUCCUUUCCAUGUCCGCAAAGAUGUAG